GGCGCUGGAUCGGCGCCACGGCUGAGUUUAGAGGUUUUUCGUGAGUGAUUGUGUGUGCGUGUGCUCAAGUGUCAUUAUGUCCGAGCGGUGUGCCAGGCGAUCGUCCGCUGCGACGUGAUCGGCGGCGGGACGGAGGCCCCAGAGCUUCCAACUCCGAUAUGACAACCAUCGAGCUCUACGUCAAGGACGCACGAGUAUGGGUGCCGCACGCAGAGAAGGUAUGGGAGAGCGCACGCCUUCUCGAGGACUACAAGCCCCAAGACAAGAGCCUGUGGCUGCUAACGGAGGACUCGCACCAGGACACGAGGCUGGAGCUCGAGUCCGACGUGGAUCUGCCGCCCCUCCGCAACCCCGAUAUCCUCAUAGGCGAGAACAACCUCACAUCCCUUUCGUUCCUCCACGAGCCCGCGGUUCUGUACAACCUCCAGGUGCGCUUUCAGCGGCACAGCAUAUACACCUACUGCGGUAUCGUCCUCGUCGCUUUCAACCCCUACAACGAGCUCCCCAUUUAUGGCAACGAUACAAUAUGGGCUUAUCGGGGCCAGGCCAUGGGCGACCUCGAGCCCCACAUAUUCGCCGUCGCCGAGGAGGCUUACACCAAGCUCGAGAGGGAGAGCCACGACCAGUCCAUCAUCGUGUCAGGCGAAUCAGGCGCUGGCAAGACCGUCUCCGCGAAGUACGCGAUGCGCUACUUCGCGACGGUCGGCGGCUCCUUGAAGGAAACGCAAGUCGAGAAGAAGGUACUCGCGUCGUCGCCCAUAAUGGAGGCGAUAGGUAAUGCAAAAACCACGAGGAACGACAAUUCAUCACGUUUCGGUAAAUUCAUUCAGAUACAAUUCAACAAGAACUACAACAUUAUCGGCGCGAGUAUGAGAACUUACCUGCUGGAGAAAUCGAGAGUCGUCUUCCAGGCACACGAGGAAAGAAACUACCAUAUAUUCUACCAAAUAUGUUCAGCGGCAGCCCGACUGCCCCAUUUACAUUUGGAGAGUCAACGGAACUUCCACUACCUGAAUCAAGGCAGCAGUCCAGACAUCGAGGGUAUCAGCGAUUUGAGCUGCUUCGACGAGACCAUUACAGCUCUUACUAUGCUUGGUUUCUCGUCCAAACAGCAGGACGAUAUGUUGCGCAUCUUGUCAGCUAUAUUACAUUUAGGUAAUGUUAAAGUUAAGGGCUCGGAAGGCGGCGGAGGAUCUAAUGACAUGGACAGCUGCUUUAUUGCGCCUGCCGAUAAGCACCUGCUCGUAAUGUCGGAACUUCUCGGUUUGGAUGUGCCAGCGAUGCGCAAGUGGUUGUGUCAUCGAAAGAUCGUCUCUAUACGCGAAGUGAUUCUUAAGCCAAUGAACGCAAAGGAGGCGUCGGGGGCAAGGGAUGCCCUGGCCAAGCACAUUUACGCCGAGCUCUUUAACUGGAUCGUCACACACAUCAAUGCAUCCCUUCAGUCCCCGUCGAAGGCGCUCUGCUUCAUCGGCGUACUCGACAUUUACGGAUUCGAGACCUUUGAGGUCAACUCCUUCGAGCAGUUCUGCAUCAACUACGCCAAUGAAAAACUCCAGCAGCAAUUCAAUCAACAUGUCUUCAAGCUCGAGCAGGAAGAGUAUUUGAAAGAGGAGAUCGAAUGGACAUUUAUCGACUUUUACGAUAAUCAGCCCUGCAUUGAUCUCAUUGAAACGAAGCUGGGUAUUCUUGAUCUCUUGGAUGAAGAGUGUCGGAUGCCAAAAGGCUCGGACGGUUCAUGGGCAGAAAAAUUAUACUCCAAAUGUGGAAAAUCAAGGCAUUUUGAAAAGCCACGAUUUGGCACAACGGCAUUUCUUAUUCAUCAUUUUGCUGAUCUCGUUGAAUACGAGACGACGGGAUUUUUGGAAAAAAAUCGAGAUACAGUCGUGGAGGAGCAAAUCGACGUUUUAAGGAAUAGCAAUAACGCAUUAUUGAAAAAAAUAUUCUCAGCAGAAGGUCCCAAAUUGUCGGUUCCAAAUACCAGAUUAAAAGUUUCUACGCAAAAACAGACAGCAUCGUCGCCUACAAAAAAUAAAAAAACUGUUGGCUCGCAGUUCCGCGACUCACUCAAUAUGUUAAUGUCGACAUUAAAUGCAACAACACCGCAUUAUGUGCGUUGCAUCAAGCCCAAUGACACGAAGGAGUCCUUCGAAUACAAUCCGGUGCGGGCAGUACAACAACUACGGGCCUGCGGCGUUCUCGAGACUAUACGCAUAUCGGCCGCCGGCUUUCCCAGUCAAAGGACCUACAGCGACUUCUUUCAGCGAUACCGGUGUCUUUGCCUGUUCAAGGACAUCCGAAGGGAUGACCUACGAGAGACGUGCCACAGGAUUCUGGCCACUUAUAUCAAGGAUAACGACAAAUUCAAGUUCGGCAAGACGAAGGUGCUAUUCAGAGCGGGCCAAGUGGCUUACCUGGAAAAGCUUCGUGCCGAUAAACAGCGCGACGCCUGCCUCAUGAUCCAAAAGACGGUGCGUGGCUUCCUAGCCUCCUCGCGUUAUCACAGGCUCAAGCGCACCAUCCUCGGGCUCCAAAGAUACUCGCGCGGCUACCUGGCGCGCAAGCAAGCACGUGCCAUUCGAGAAGAAAGAGCCGCCACCAAAAUACAGGCUUGUGCUAAAGCCUGGAUGGCCAGGAGGCGCUACCAUAUCACCAAGAAACUCGUCCUCGGGCUGCAAACUCAUGCCAGAGGGAUGCUGGCCAGACGAGAAUUUAAGCGAAUGCAAGAUAAUGCCGCGGCCAUCAAGAUACAGAGGUACGUGAGGGGUUACUUGGCUCGCCGUAUUUGCAAGCAAAAACUUCGGAAUAUCGUGAUAAUGCAGUCAUGUGUGCGUAAAUUUCUGGCAAAACGAAUAUUUAGGCGGCUCAAGGCUGAGGCUCGUAGUGUCGAACACGUCAAAUCUCUUAACAAAGGACUGGAGAUGAAGAUCAUCAGCUUGCAGAAUAAAAUCGAUGACUUAGCAAAGGAGAACGGACAUUAUAAAAUGGCACACCUGGAUAUGGGAGAGAUGAAAGCAAAGCUUGAAAACUACCGAUCAAUCGAAAAUGAGAAUAAGAAACUUAGUGCGCUGCUCCUCAGCAAAGAAAACGAACUCAAGGUAUUGAGAAAGACUGUGGAAGAUGAGCAAAUCGAGAAACUGGAACUCGUACGGAUGAAAGAUCUGAAUGUGAAGCGAAAGGAGGAGGAGAACCAAUGUUUAUUGAGGGAAAAUGAAAAACUACGCGCGGAACUCGCCUUGUCGCAAGAAAAGAUGCGCAGCAACGAACGCGGCGCCGAGGAGCACCUCAAAUCGCGCCUUGAGCGCGAAAAGGAUCUGCUGCUUUUGGAUCAGGACCAAGACCGAGGUGCCUACCAACGUCUCCUUAAGGAAUAUCAUGAUCUCGAGCAAAGGGCCGAGCUCCUUGAACAAAAGCUCGUAUUACAUGAGCCUGGGCACUCGCGUUCACUUAGCAAUGCCUCCAGUGGAAGUGGACACAUCGCCUCGACGGAUCUUACCCACGACGAUCAGAAUAUAGAUUUUGGCUAUGGUUCCGUGCGAUCCACAGCGUCCUCGAGUGCACCGUACUCACGAGUGGAGACGAUUGACUGGAGCCAACAGCAAUAUCAGCACCACAAUCAGCUUAAUCAGUACCGCCCGGAAAGUCCUGGCGGUGGUGCAAAAUCACCACGUGAAUUCAACGGCCUCAACCAGAUGCCCAUCGAUGUCGGACUCGUUCUCAAACUCCAACAGAAGCUCAAAGACGUGGAAAAGGAGAAUGGACGGCUCGUGAGAAUGGUCGAAGGUCUUGAACAUAAUAGACCCGAAGAUACAAUGAAGACUCACGAUGCCUUCAAAUUGCAGGAACUCGAAAUGGAAAAUGCUCAACUGAAAAAAGAUCUGGGAUCGCUAAGGAAAAGUGUAACAGAUACAGAUCCGUCGGUAGCAACAAAAACACUUAUUGAUCACUUCGAAUCAUUACAAGAGGAGCUUGAGCGCAGGCGCGAAGAGUGCAUUCAACUACACAGUGUUUUGGCUGAUCAUACGUGCCGCAUUAAAAGCAUUGGCUCGAGUUACGGCCGCGACGUUGACAUCGUCAAUGAGGAUGGCGAAUUAGUACUUGCCUUUGAGGCACAAAAAAAGAUAAACAGACAACUCGAGAACGAACUUCAGGCUAAAGAAAAUAAUUGGAAAGCACAAAGGAAUGAAUGGCAUACAGAAAUAGACAGACUACAAAACGAGAUUGAGAAACAGCAGAAAUUACUUUCAAUUAAUAUGAGCAAAUCACCACAGACGCAAACUGAGGCUUAUAUGCAAUACGAGAUCACCAGACUUACGUCUGAAAACUUGGAUCUUCAAGAAAAAUAUGACAAAAUAGCCGACGAAUGCAGAAAACUGAAAAAACAAAUAAAAGAGCUUCAGAUGCGCUUUAAAGAUGCAGGCUUGCCUGAAAGCGCAAGUUCGAGUAACAAUUGCGGCGUAAUCUCAGCGACGACCAAUUCAUCCGGUGAAAGCAACAACAUUAUGCCAGUAAUUCGGAAGAAGGAACGCGAUUUCGAGGGCAUGUUCGAAUUCAGAAAGGAGGAUAUUGGAGUGAUAAUGCGAAAACUUGUUUUAGAGCUGAACCCCCGCGUCGCGAUAACUCUACUGCCGGGUCUACCGGCCUACAUCAUUUUCAUGUGCAUCCGUCACACCGAUUGCAUAAACGACGAUGACAAGGUUCGCUCACUGCUCACAAACUACCUCAACAUGGUGAAGCGCGUCAUAAAAAGACGUGAAGACUUUGAAUCGAGCGUCCUUUGGCUCAGCAACAUUUUGAGGCUGCUCCACAGCAUGAAACAGUACUCGGGCGAUAAGCCAUUUCAACAGGAGAACACGCCGAGGCAGAACGAGCAAUGCUUAAGAAACUUCGACCUGAGCGAGUACCGAGUGGUGCUUAGCAACGUUGCUCUCUGGAUCUUCAACAACAUCGUGACGCAGCUAAAGGAGCGCAUCCAAGCGCUUACGGUACCAGCCCUCCUGGAACACGAAGCAAUCACGGGCCUCGAUGCACACGCGCGCAGGCCGCGCUCGUGUUCCGUAGACCAGGAGGCUGAUUACACUCAGCAGAAGCUCAACAAACUCCUCGACGAGCUCAUGGUCGUGUACAAACAGCUGCUCUACCACGGUGUUGAUCCAGAGAUCGUCGAGCAAAUAUUCAAACAACUUUUCUACUUCAUGUGCGCAAGCGCGCUCAACAACCUCCUCCUCAGGAACGAGCUCUGCCACUGGACUAAGGGCAUGCAGAUUAGGUACAACCUGAGCCACCUGGAGCAAUGGGCAAGGGACGAGCGUCUCGUAUCGGCUAUCGAGGCCCUACAGCCAAUUAUCCAGGCAGCGCAACUCCUUCAGGCACGUAAACACGAUGAGGAUGUUUGCUCAGUGUGUGAAAUGUGCAACAAGCUCUCCGCUAAUCAGAUCGUCAAGAUCCUCAAUCUCUACACGCCGGCGGACGAAUUCGAGACCCGAGUGCCCGUAUCUUUCAUUAGGAAGGUCCAAGCAAAACUACAGGAGCGCGGCGAGAACCAUGAACAGCUACUCAUGGAUCUAAAGUUCUCGUAUCCAAUUAGAUUUCCGUUUCACCCAUCGAACAUUCGGUUAGAAGACAUCGAAGUGCCGGAAGUACUUAAUAUGCCUAUGCUUAAGAAAAUCUAAGGAUAAACUUUCUUCGUCCUUGCUUUGUAGUCAAUGCGUUCGCGCCAUUUUCAUUUGACAAGUGAUAUCAAAAGUACGAAGAAUUAUUAUAAGACGAAGACUUAAAUUCGUGCAGUAUCUUAUUUUAUAUAUUACAAAUGUUCGUUAAACGGACACUUGUAUUUUCAAUUAUCGCACGAU